UAGAGCAAAAAGAUAAUAACUUUAGGAGAGAGAGAAGUAUAAAAUGCAAAGGCAACCGAACUUUUCGGUUAUCAUCUUCUAAUUGGUUUUUUGAGUGUUUUAUUUUUAUUUUGCUAUCGUCUCCAUUUUCUUGGGUUGCCAAUUUGCCAUAGACCAGAGGCCCCACCUUUUCCUCUAAUUCUUUUUUAUGUAAUUUUGGUAGAAGAACGACCUUACACGGUCUUCUACUUUUCUUCGUCGUUGCUGGACCGGUACAUAUCCCGGUCGACUUCUUCCUUCUUCUUCGUAGAUCAACAACUUCCAGUCAUGAAUCCUGAAUAUGACUAUUUGUUCAAGCUUUUACUAAUUGGAGACUCUGGAGUUGGCAAAUCAUGUCUUCUUCUGAGAUUCGCUGAUGAUUCUUAUCUGGACAGUUACAUUAGCACAAUUGGAGUUGACUUUAAAAUACGGACUGUGGAGCAGGAUGGAAAGACCAUAAAACUUCAAAUUUGGGACACUGCUGGACAAGAACGUUUUAGGACAAUAACUAGUAGUUACUACCGUGGGGCACAUGGCAUUAUAAUAGUUUAUGAUGUUACGGAUCAAGAAAGCUUCAAUAAUGUCAAGCAAUGGUUGAAUGAAAUAGACCGUUAUGCAAGUGAUAAUGUAAACAAGCUUCUUGUUGGCAACAAGUGUGACCUGACUGCAAACAAAGUUGUGUCCUAUGAAACAGCUAAGGCUUUUGCGGAUGAAAUUGGCAUCCCGUUCAUGGAGACUAGUGCAAAAAAUGCUACUAAUGUGGAGCAGGCUUUCAUGGCCAUGGCUGCUGACAUCAAGAAUAGGAUGGCGAGUCAACCAAUGAGCAACGCGAGGCCUCCGACUGUUCAAAUUAGAGGACAACCUGUUAACCAGAAGUCUGGCUGCUGCUCUUCUUAGUUUGCUGUCGUUUUUUGUUUUUUUUUCUUUUUUUUCUUUCUUAAUCUUACAUGUUAGUUUGCAUGUAAGACUCUACUCUUCUUAUUUUACCUCUCUGAAUUGUAGAGGAACUAUAUAUAUGAUAAUUUGCUUCAGUAUGUUAUAUAACCUAUUUUCAAGAUCCAUUCUUUGUAGUCUCUCUAACUUGUCUGUACAAAUGACGUUUGCUGCUCAGCAGCAUUUGUUACUACUCUUCUAGUCUCUUCUGUUUUA